AUGGCUUGUUCUGAACCAUUUGGAGACCUGAAGUCACAGGGAAGACAACAAAUCCAACAACAGGGGAUGCAGAAGCCUGCAGAUGAGGAGGUGCCAGGGCUGACGGCGACGGCAUGGCGCAUGCUCAGGAGGCAGGUGGUGGAGAUGGAGAGGCUCCCCAUCACCCUGUGCAUGUCAUUGGUGCUGAGCCUGGACACUGAGGAGGGCUAUGGUUCUUGUGGAUUGAGAUCAACAGGUAUCACAAGAAAAGAACCCCUGAGAAAGCACCAGCUUCUGAAACAACAGCAUAAGUCACGCCUUCAACCUCCAGUCCUCCGCAAUGAACAAGGAGAAAACAAUCGUGCUUCCUGUGGCCACCAUGACACCUUUAUCACAGCCCAUGGGCCACGGAUACCUGGGAUUAGAAACUUAUCAAGGCAGCUUAGCCCUGGGUCGCCGUUUGCCUCCGCACGCGUUUGCAGCCCCCUCCGCGACGACGCCUCUGUUGCGCUGCGCCGCAAGCAUGCUGCGCUCAGCCGCGGCGGGCCUCUGCGCUGCGGCGCCCAACUCGCCUUUCCCGCAGUUCCUGCAGCGGCGCGUAGGCCACGGGCCUGGCUCUUCUGGCUGCUCAGAGUGUGCGCAGGGUGUGCAGGGCGGUCCCAUCUCCUGCGGUCUGGAGGCUGUGGCUGUAGCGUGGCUGCAGCAUGUCUGCGCACAAAAGGAGAAAAAGCUUUUGUUGAUUUCCUAAGUGAUGAAAUUAAGAAGGAAAGGAAAAUCCAGAAGCAUAAGACCCUCCCUAAGAUGUUUGGAGGUUGGGAGCUGGAAUUGAAUGGGACAGAAGCUAAAUUAGUGUGGAAAGUUGCCGGGGAAAAGAUUACUGACACUUUCAACAUUAACAGCAUUCCUCCAACAUUUGACGGUGAAAAGGAACUCUCGCAAGGGCAGAAGGUUGAAGAACAGGAGCCUCAAUUGACAUCUACUCCCAAUUUUGUGGUUGAAGUUAUAGAGAAUGAUGGUAAGAAGGCCCUUGUGCUGAACUGUCACUAUCCAGAGGAUGAGGUUGGACAAGAAGAGAAGGCUGAGAGUGACAUUUUCUCUAUCAGAGAAGUUAGCUUUCAGUCCACUGGCGAGUCUGAAUGGAAGGACGUUAAUAAUACCCUCAACACAGAUUCCCUGGACUGAGCCUUAUACGACCAUCUAGUGGAUUUCCUUGUGGACCAGGGGGUGGACAACACUUCAGAUGAGUUAGUGGAGCUCAGCACAGCCCUGGAGCAACAGGAGUACAUUACUUUUCUUGAAGACCUCAAAAGUUUUGUCAAGAACCAGGAAAGUAGACAAACACUGAAAGCUAUAGUAUUAUGGCAGGUGUUAGCCAGUGAACCAAUCCUACUCUGA